UCAACUGUGCGCCUCCCGGAUGGUCGUCCUGGCGUGGCGUCACUUCCGGAGCGGCACCCCGGACGCCCGCCCUCCACUUGCCGGGAACCGGGGCCCAGUGGCGGGCGGAGGUGAGGAGCAGCCGUGUUCGGGGCUGAGGGUCACGUGUGGCAUCCCGGUGCCGUGGGAGGCGGCGACCAGCUGCUGUCCGGUUGAGGACCGGCCGGCUUCACCUCCCCCGGGGAGCGCCCUGGAGCCUGGUCGUGGAGUGCUCUGAGAUAAUGAAUUCCUAGGGAAAGAAACAAUGGAUUGCAUAUUAGUUGUUGUCUAAGUGCUAGGACUCUGCAGAAUACAGGUUUGUUGCAAAGGCCAAAGAAGAUGGCAACUCCUUAUGUUCCAGUUCCUAUGCCCCUAGGAAACUCUGCUUCCAGUUUUACAAACAACAGAAAUCAGAGAAGUUCUUCUUUUGGCAGUGUCUCAACAAGCUCAAACUCUCAAGACUCAAAUAUGUGUAAUUUUAAACAGACAAGUGUUCCUGAUCGAAUGGAUAGUACUUCAUCUGUCUGUAGCAGUCCUCUCAUUAGGACUAGAUUUACAGGAACCGAUUCUUCCAUUGAGUAUUCUGCUAGACCAAGAGAACCUGAAGAACAAAAUCCUGAAACAGUGAAUUGGGAAGACAGACCAUCUACACCUACUAUACUGGGCUAUGAGGUGAUGGAAGAAAGAGCCAAAUUUACUGUGUACAAAAUAUUGGUAAAGAAAGCCCCAGAAGAAAGCUGGGUCGUUUUCCGGAGAUACACUGACUUCUCUAGGCUUAAUGACAAAUUAAAGGAAAUGUUUCCAGGCUUUCGAUUAGCACUUCCACCAAAGCGUUGGUUUAAAGAUAAUUACAAUGUCGACUUUUUAGAAGACAGACAAUUAGGAUUGCAAGCAUUUCUUCAAAAUUUAGUAGCUCACAAGGACAUUGCUAACUGCCUUGCAGUGAGAGAAUUUCUUUGUCUGGAUGACCCACCAGGUCCAUUUGAUAGCCUAGAAGAAAGCAGGGCUUUCUGUGAAACUUUAGAAGAGACUAACUACCAUUUACAGAAAGAACUACUUGAAAAGCAAAGAGAAGUGGAAUCACUAAAGAAACUGCUCAGUGAAAAGCAACUUCACAUAGAAACAUUAGAGACCAGAAUCAGAACAUUGGCUUUAGAACCUGAAGAAUCACUGUAUGUGUCAGGAACAGAUCAUGGACAAAGUCUAAGAAUGGAAUCUUCUGCAUUUGAAGUUGAUCAGGAUGUCUUGGAUGAAGAAUCUAGUGCUAAUAAUAAGCCACACUUAAGUUCCCAUGAAGCUGAAAUUGCUGUAUCAGACAUAGAAGUGGCAGAACUGGCAUAUAAUGCUGAAGAAGACUAACACUAUACAAGCAGUGUCCUCCAUUUCCACAUCUCAGCAACUUGGAAUAGAGAGGCAAAUACUGUUUGAAAAGAAAGUGGACUGUGAAACCCAGAAAAGCAAGAAUGCACAUGUAUAAAGUUUACAUUAAAGAAACUUUUUAAAAAAAAUUAUUGGAAUAGGGAAUAUAUCCAUUGCUGCUUUUGUCUUCUAUCAGCCUUGUAUUUAAUACACUGAAAAAAAGUUAGAAUUCUUUAUCAAGGCUUAUGUCUUUAAAUACUGUGUAUAAAUUAUCCUGGUGUUUUGCCUGUAUAUUGCUUCAGUCUAGUGUGCGUGUGUGCACACGUGUAUGUGUGUGUGGGAGACAGCAAAAGUGUGUUUUAAAUUAUCAUAUUUUUGUCAAAUGAAAGUUAAUUGCAUGUUACUAUCUAGGCAAUAGUUACUCUGUGUCUUUGACAUGACCUACUUUCAUAAAUCAGUGAACAUCAUAGUAAAGGUAAAAUAAGUUGAGUUUUAAAUGCUGAUAUGUUUAUCAUCUCUAAAUAAAAACUGCUUGUUCCAAAUGUCAAUACUAUUUAAAGGACUUCUCAUACCAAAGGGAAACUGUUGUAAAGAGCUAUAAUCACUUAUGUAAAGUAACAAAAUAGCCUUGGUUUUAAGAGCCAAUUCAUUAAUAAUAAGAUACUUGAUCCAGAUUUAUUAAUUUGUUAUACUCGGUUGUUUUCCCAUGCUUUUCAUCUUAAACCUCUACCUGUAGAUUUGGUCAGUUUGCCUUUCAGAACAUUACUCUUUUUGUUAAUAUAACACAGUCUUUGGAAAAUAAAAUAUUAGACAAAAAAGAGAAAGAUUGAAACCAUCUAUACUGCACAGUUUCCUAACUAGCUUGAUUCCUGGCAUUGCAUCUUUAUGUAUAUGUAAAGUUGUUCUUAUACUGUAUCAUGGCUAUUUUUCUUUCUUAAGAAGCCAAGUGAUGCACUUUAUGAUCAUUAAACUCUUUUGUGCCAAGUUUAAUUGGUAGAUUUCUUUAUGGAAUUAGCUGAAUAAAAUAUGUAGUGCCUUUACUGUUUCACUUUGUACAAACUUUUGUGAGGGUCUGUGAGCCAAGUUUGUGAACAAAAAUGUCUAUGUUUCAGUUUUGUGUAUAGUUAUGGAACGUGCCUUGUUUUGUUUCUAUAGUUAUGUGAAGUUAUGUGGUUAUUUUCUGUUUAUACUUUUUGCUUAAUGAUAUUUGCAUUGUAAUUGUACUAUCAUUUGGGAAUCCUGGUGGUAUAUUGAAUUAAACUCUAAAAAUAAUCUUAGUAAGGAAUGCAAUAACAAUACUUUUUUUUCUUUACUAUUUAGGAGUUUAUAGUAUCUGAAUGAACAUGUCACAUUGUGGUUGUUUCAAAUUACACUGACAAAAAUGAGCACACCGGCUCUUGUUAACUUCCAGUCUUACAAAGGAGACUACUUGUUACCAAAGUAUCCAAAUUCUAAGUCUCUGUUAAAAUGUAUUAGUAUGUUCUGAAUCAGAACAUUUUGAACAAAGUGUAUUAGGAAUGUAUUUAUUAUCCUUACUCAGAAAUGAAUAUAAUAAUCUGGUCUGUGUAUUUAUUUUAAAUUAUUCUAGGUGUUCCAGAUAGCUUAAAAAGAACAAUCACUGAAUAUCAUUUGAGUCUAAUGAAACAAAAUGAUCUUUGCCAGAUUCCAGAUAUUAUAGUGCUACAUCUGUUUUAAAAGUACCCAAAUACUUAUAAAAUGUGGCUUUUCAGAAGAUUGUAUUUAGAGUUCUGGAUGGGCAAUGAAAAACUGUUAAUUAGCUAACACAUUAUUUAUAUUUAGAAUUUACCUUUUUUUUUACUUUUAUAAUGUGUUUUCCUUCCAAUAUUCCAUUCAUUUAAUAAAUUAUUUUUUCAUGAUAACAGUAGCUGUGUCACUCCAAUGUGGA